AUGCAGACCAGGUCCAAGAGAGCUGCCGGAGCUGCUCUGCCGCUGCCACCUUCACCUUCACCUCCACAGCCCACAGUCAGGAGAAAUCCACGCAGGGGAACUACGCAGCAACCGACUGGGAUCGCCAUCAGAGCCCGAAAAUCUGGCGUCGGCGCUGAUUCCGGCUCUGACUCUGACUCUGACUCUGACUCCGAUUCCAACUCCUCUGGGCCCAGCUCUCUUCUAAGCUCGCCAAUAAACUCCCCUUCACGUGUUCUUCUACCCGUCUCUUCAUCCCCGUCAUCAUCGUCCUCCUCCUCCUCCUCCUCCUCCUCCUCCUCCUCUUCUUCUUCUUCUUCUUCUUCUCCUCUUCCUCAUAUUGCCCCUUCAUCUUCUCGGGCUUCAGGAACAGCAACAACCUCUGCUGCUGCUGCUAAUACUCCCCCUCCUCCUCCUUUUCAACUCACGCCUUCGCUGCCAAGGCCCAACUCUUCUCCUACACCGCUCGCCCUACAAGUCCCAAAAGGGUUGACGUCUGUGCCACGCAAAGGCUCCAUCAUCUGGGACCCGAAGCCACGGCGAGGAGCUCCUCGGAACCUCAGUAUCAGUAGUCUGUUUUCGACCCCUAAGAGGGACUAUACUGACGACGAGGACCACGAGCAAACCCCUACCUCAACUCCCAAGUCAGCAUCUGAGCUGCUGGCAGAGAAGAUGGCACAGCGAGAGAUUGAGGAGACAGAGGUUGAGAUAUGGCUGGAGGCCACCACUGCUUUGGCCAGGGACGCCAAAAAUGUCAUCAGUCUGCUCAUGGAUAAAAGCACGCGGCUUGCAUACAAACCGGUGCUCCAAAUGAAGAUCAAAGCGUUCGAGAUGUCUCGCAGCAUCUUCACUGGCCCUCAGCCCAGCCUUCGUACUGGCUCUCGCUCAGAAAUUCCCUUCCUCAACUGGGACUGGGUGAACAAGAUAGAAGACGAGGACAUCUUAGACGUUGCCAAGAAGGCAGUCCCACUCGCCAUCAAGAUGGCAAAUAUCGCCACGGCUCUCCUCCAAAUCCGGGCCAUUGAGGACGAGGGAUACGACCCUGUCCCCUUUCUCGAGGCCACAGACACCCACUUUCCGCAGUCUUUUGCUGCUGACGAGAGCAAGCAUUUUCUGCGCUUGUCUUUGGAGAUUCGUACGCAGCGAGCGAUUGAGAGUAUUGCUGCAUCUCCCCAGGCUAUAGACCUUCGCGGGAUGCUGGGUUAUGCCUUUUGUGCAAUGAAUGCCCCAAAUGCUCCGAAUAACUACAAUGCUCUCUUUGCCUACGGUCCGUAUAAGCCUAUGGCUGGGCUUGCUGAUGAAGAGCUGCUGGACGUUUGUUCAGAAAGGGUCAAAGACAUAUGGCAGAUUAUGUCCGAAGGCGGCAAGAGAGGGAUUAGAACUCCCGUUGACAUGCCCACCGUCCGGGCCAAGUAUCCUCUUCCCGAUGCGCUCGAGCUUCUGAAGAAAUGGCUUUUGAAUAGGUAUUCAUCAGUUUCACACUUGUUGGAGAAAGCAGAGCAGGAACAAAUUGCCAAAGAGAAGCAAAUACUAUUAGAGCAAUGGCGUGCCGAGGAGGGGCUUCGAAUCCGAGAGGAACGCCAAACUCAGGAUGGAGAACAACGAGCUCGAGAAGAGGAGCGGCGAAUCAGAGAAGACGUGCGGCGUAACAGAGAAGAACAGAGCCUUCGGGCCAGAGAAGAAGCCUUGGAAAAGGAGCGGCAGGCCUGGGAGAGGGAGAAACUCCUCAGGGCGCCGCUGUCUGACGAAACAAGGCCUCAGGAGGAAAGAGAUGGGGGCAAACGGCCAGCGCUGCCCGAUGAAGAUGAUCUGUUCCUCUCCGACUCCUCUGAUGCUUCUCCCAGGAGCCUGGCUAGUUCCCAAGGAGAGUCGCAGCGGCCACAGAUCCAACGAGGUGCAGAUAACCCGUCCACAGAGGAUUCUUUAUUUCAACGUGGCGAGGUGGCCAGUCUACUUCGUAAUGCUUCUCUUUCGGCAUCGUUCUCAGAUCAUGCGAGGCAAAAGCUACCUGCUUCAAAGCCGUCACGUACGCGGCCUCGUCACGGCAACCUCCGUCAGAACAUCAACGGCAACUACUACGAAGGGGAAGAGGGUCAGAGGAGAGACAACAGCGACCAUGAUGAUGACUUUGAAACGGAUCAGCGGCCUCUCAAAAGGAACAAGACGGCCAACAACGCCCCGUCUUCUUCAACGCCUGGACCUCGCCAGCGACGAAAGGAGUAUAAAGAAGCUAUCGCUACUGCCGCCGCUUCUGGAACCCCCGGCUCAGCCGCACCGCCAUCAUCCUCCAUGCCAGAUUUUGCCGAGAUUGAGCGAAUGAAGAUACAGGCUCGUGUCAACGCACGAUUAAACAACCCACGUCUCCUCAAACGCCGUCAGAUCUGGAGCGAGCGCGACUCCACCACGUUGAUCGAACUCGUUGCCAGCCGUGCUGCCGGCUGGGCUGAAAUGGAAAAGGAAGAGCGUCACCGGUUCGAGCUCCCCCGCAACGCGCAGGCCUACCGAGACAGGGCUCGCAACAUGAAGGUCGACUUUCUCAUCUCGGACGCGGUGCUGCCGCGCGGUUUCGAUUUAGUCACUCUUAGUAAGAAGGAAAACCACCGCCUGCAGAAGCUUGGCAAAAACCCUGCCAGAACGGAAGCCGAUGUCGAUAGGAACGGUAGGCCUACAAAUACGGAAUACCUCCCUCUAGAAGAAGAGCUCUAUGGACGCGGAGAAUAA